CUGCUGGUUCCCCGUAAAUGUCAUACAGAAAAAGAAGAGAGGAGAGUAAAGAUCGACUCGCUGAGCAGCCAUGGCGCUUUUCAUCCUGAUGUUUCUGCUGUCAGCAGCAGCUGCUGAAGAGAUUGUUAAGUUUGUUGGAGAUGAUGUGACUCUGAGAUGUGAGGCUGGUGACGGCGACAUCAGAGCUGUGGAGUGGACCAGACCUGACCUGAAGAAAGAAGAGUACGUCCUCUUUUACAGCGAUGGGCGCUCAGACCCAAAGCACCAGCAUGAGUCCUUCAGGGACAGGGUGCAGCUGGUGGACAGACAGCCACAGGACAGAGACGUGUCUUUAAUUCUGAAGAACGUGACGAACAACGAUGCUGGAACGCACGAGUGUCGAGUUUCUCUGGGCGCUUCAAGACGAAAGAAGAGAGGCGUCCUUGAUGAGGAGCCGAUCAGGGUCAUCCAUCUGAUGGUCAAAGACAGAGAUUCUUCUGAUGGAAACUUCUCUCGUAUUCACCGUGGACUGGUGUUAGCUGUUGUUGGUGGUGUGGUGCUGCUGGUUUCUUGCAUUGCUGGAUUUCUUUUCUGGAAACCCAAACGAGCAAAUGAAGAGGAUCCAACCCAAAAAGGCUAUAAGGCCAUCAACAAGUCACCGUCCUCUCUGCAGCCGGCUGCUGACUCACCUCCUGUGUGAACAUGUUUCUGUGCUCUUUGAGGCUCCCAGUCCUCCUGAUCCCCCUCCUCUCUGUGGAUCACUACCUUGUCGAGGUAGAGGGCUUGUGUACUCGUUGAUUCUGGAAGCUGUGUUGUCUGGAGCAUUUGCUCCUGGUAGGGUCCCCCAUGGCAAAGUGGUCCCAGAGGAGGGUCAGACUAAAUGUGAUUCAGAUUAAAAA